CCUUCAGCGCCAUGAGCAUGACAAUUCUAGCCUGCCGUUGAUCUAGCGUUGCCUAAAUCCUUAGGCAGUCUCUGGUAACCUGGCUUGUCUGCGUUCCUGUGCUCCCCAGCUAUAAAACCACCCCCAUCCCCCUCAUUGCUGCUUCCUUUACUCCGCAUACUUCCUCUCUACCUUCUUGAUUGAGAUCUUCCCAUACCUGCCGGCACAUCCGACCAGUCUUUCGCCUACCAACGCGCAAAAUGGCGGCUGAACCUGUUGCCAAUGGCUCCGGUGCCAACAACAAGAAGGUGGCUUACUUCUACGACUCUGAUGUGGGCAACUACGCCUACGUUUCGGGCCACCCUAUGAAGCCUCAUCGGAUUCGCAUGACCCACAGCUUGGUCAUGAACUACGGGCUGUACAAGAAGAUGGAGAUCUAUCGUGCGAAGCCGGCUUCAAAGUAUGAAAUGACCCAGUUCCACACCGAUGAAUACAUCGAUUUCCUGUCGAAAGUGACGCCAGACAACAUGGAUCAGUUCUCAAAGGAACAAAGUCGGUACAAUGUCGGUGAUGACUGCCCAGUAUUCGAUGGUCUCUUCGAAUUCUGCGGUAUCAGUGCUGGUGGCAGCAUGGAGGGUGCCGCCCGGUUGAACCGCGGAAAGUGCGACGUUGCUGUCAAUUGGGCCGGUGGUCUUCAUCACGCAAAGAAGAGUGAAGCCAGCGGUUUCUGCUACGUUAAUGAUAUCGUACUCGGUAUCCUCGAGCUGCUCCGAUUCAAGCAGCGCGUUCUCUACGUUGAUAUCGAUGUUCACCAUGGUGACGGUGUGGAAGAAGCGUUCUACACCACGGACCGCGUCAUGACCGUCUCCUUCCACAAGUACGGCGAGUACUUCCCCGGCACCGGUGAGCUUCGCGACAUCGGUGUCGGCUCGGGCAAAUACUAUGCCGUUAACUUCCCCCUGCGCGACGGUAUCAACGAUGCGUCCUACAAGAGCAUCUUCGAGCCCGUGAUCAAGAGCGUCAUGGAGUGGUACCGUCCGGAGGCGGUCGUCCUCCAGUGUGGUGGUGACAGUUUGUCCGGCGACCGUCUCGGUUGCUUCAACCUCAGUAUGCGCGGGCAUGCCAACUGCGUCAACUUCAUCAAGAGUUUCGACUUGCCGACUCUGAUUCUCGGAGGUGGUGGUUACACCAUGCGCAACGUCGCACGCACUUGGGCCUACGAAACCGGCAUCCUGGUUGGAGAUAACCUUGAAUCCGAGCUGCCCUACAAUGACUACUAUGAGUACUUCGCCCCUGAUUACGAGCUUGAUGUCCGUCCCUCGAACAUGGACAAUGCCAACACCAAGGAUUAUCUGGACAAGAUUCGCAACCAGGUUGUGGAGAAUCUCAAGCGCACAGCCUUUGCGCCGUCUGUUCAGAUGACGGAUGUUCCUCGCAAUCCGAUCCUUGACGGUAUGGAUGACGAGGCAGACGACGUUCUCGACGACCUUGAUGAAGACGAGAACAAGGACAAGCGAUUCACCCAACGUCGCUUCGACCAGUACGUUGAGAAGCCCGGUGAACUCAGCGAUAGCGAGGAUGAAGAGGUAAAUGCCGCCAAUGGUGUUCGCCGUCAGCCCGGUACUAUUCGUCGCCGAAAUCAAACCAAUUACAGGAACAUUGAUGCUGCGGACUCUGGCCUUGAUAGCGGUAUGGCUACUCCGUUGGACGCAUCCUCGAUUGCCGACAACGAGAUGGAUUCUGCCCUGGACGCAAAGAUGACAGACGUCCCAAUGACCGAGUCUGGUGCCGUUACUGGUGCCGAAGGCCAGGAUACUCCCAUGGCUGAUUCCGAGCGCAUGGCUGUGGAAGGCGAGGAUAAUGGUACCUCGGCUGCUGUGUCUCAGCAACCUUCCCCUCCCGCACUCGAUGAAGAUACCGCCAUGGAAGACGCCGUUGCGGUUGCCGAAGAGGCUGAGUUGCCAGGAGCUCUCGACACACAAGAUGAAAAGAAACGUGAAGUUUCAUCUGCCGCUGAUGAGACAAUCAAGGCGCCGCUAUCUCCCUCCGGCGCUCAACCGGUGUCAAAGGAGUCUUCCGUGCCCGCCGCAGACGCCUCUGCAACAGAGCCUGCACCAGCGACUGGCGAUUCGGAGUCAAAGCCAGCAUCUGGAGUGACUACGGAGGAGCCGACAAAGAAGGAGGAAUAAACCUCCUGUGAUACAAGACAUCAAUAUCGGGUCUAGGCGCAACGGACAAUUGGGCAGAAAGGUGUUAUCGGUUUGUCGGCAUGCACGUAUUCUGUUCGGCCAUGGAGGCAUGAUCGUGUCUCUCGUCAUACAAAUUGCGGGGAAACGUUGUUUCGGACGUCGAGGGUCAGACGAUUCUUGUCUAUUUGGUCGGAUGUGAUCAGACAGAUUUAUCAAGGUUCAUAUCCAACAUCAUCCUGGAGUACGUCGUUCUAAAUGGCUGGAAAGGGAUCGGUUUUUGUCUCUUCGAUCGAGUCUGCUCUAUUUUUCUUUUCCUUUUUUCAAUCGAUUUGACUUAUGAUUCCAUCUGUACAAGCGCGUCAAUGAAAGCUUUUAAUCCUACCUACAAUACAUGCAACGAGGAGACUACUCGAUUCGUUCA